AUGUCCAACCGAAGCACUGUGACCGAGUUCCUGCUCCGGGGAUUCUCCGAUGUCCGGGCGCUGCAGGUUUUGCACUUUGUGGUGUUUCUGAUGCUUUACCUGGCAGCCCUGAUGGGGAACCUUCUCAUCAUCUCAGCUAUCGUCCUCAACCGCCGUCUGCACACCCCCAUGUACUUCUUCCUGGGGAACUUGUCAGUCCUGGACCUCGGCUCCAUCUCCGCCACCGUCCCCAAAUCCAUGGUCAUUUCCCUCCUGAACACCAGGGUGAUUUCCUACCCAGCCUGUGUUGCCCAAGUCUCUCUCUUUGUCGUCUUCGCUUCAACUGAUCUUGCUUUACUGACCAUCAUGUCUUACGACCGGUACGUGGCUAUCUGCCUCCCGCUGCACUAUGAGCGAGUGAUGAACAGGAGAGCCUGUGUCCACAUGGCCACCGGUGCCUGGAUCGCUGGUAUUGUCUACUCUGCCCUGCACACCAGUAGCACCUUCAUGCUACCCUUCUGCCAGUCCAACGUCAUCGACCAGUUCUUCUGUGAUAUCCCCCAGCUCCUCAAGCUGGCCUGCUCCGACUCCUACCGCAUUGAAAUUGGGGUUAUUGCCUUGAGUAGCAGCCGAGGGAAAUAUGGUCGCCCUGUUACCAGCCCCCCAGUGCCUGGAGGUGGAUGUGGGAUCUUGUCUCCUCACUUCACUCCUAAGCAGGCAGCUGGACGUCCCUGCGGCGUUACAGAGGGAGCCGUCAGGCAAGCUCCUGAGUGA